UAUUUUUAUUUACAUUUUGUAUACAAGUAGAGCCAUUUGAUAUAGACAAUAAUUUAGCUGAUAAACCAGCAGCAUGUAAAUACUUUAAACGGACAGCAAAACCUCUCGAAGAUGAUGUACUGAAAAAAUCAACGGACAUUGGAGAGAAAGUAAAUAAAAAAAAUGAGGAAAAGCACAAUAGCUGUUGCGAAAAUUGUGGACUGAUGAGAUUCGGAAUAGUGCAAAAAAUAAUUUAUAGUAACGCUAACGAUGCUGAGGACGUGUCAUUUUCAUCGGCGUGCGUUAGAUGUGGCCUUUGCCUUGCAAUAGCCGAUAAGAUAAAUAAAACUUUGAUUGAUGUACAUGACGAUCUGUCACCUGAUCGAUGGCUUAAUAAUACCGAAGUCCAUAUUCUUUUUGGCAUUAUAUGCAAUGAGUCAUUCGUACGAUAUCGUUUACGUGAAAUAAAUGGGGAACGUUAUAUAGGCGAAAGCUAUCCGGGCUCUAUUCUCAUUGGAUCUACGGCCAAUGGCUUAUGGGAAAAAAAAUGUCGGUGGUGACAAUUUGUAUAAUUAUUGGAAAGACUGGUACGCUGGUUUUGAUAUAAAAUUUAGGAAUAUUUUAUGUCGU